AUAUCGGGGCAUACAUUUUCCGUGCCUUCAUCUAUCCUGGAGUACGAUUGAGAUAUGAUGGCAAACCUGUUGAGAUAGACAGUACUAAGCCAGAGCCGGCCGAUGAAGAUUGGGUUACGCAGUAUUAUCCUAAGGGUAAGUCCUUCAAGGACUAUAACGUUACUAAGAUGGAUGUACUAGAUCAUAUUCAUGUACUCAUGGCUAUUGUCAAGCUUUUACCAUUUAAGAUCAUCUGCCCGACCUACUCCGCAGUAACUAAG